AUGGAGUGGACACGCUUCCCCGGCUGGACGCCGAGCGCAACGGCAGAAGACAUCCGAGAGGCCCUGGGAACAAAAGCAGCUGCGCCCACCUACAGGGAGAGGUGCAGCCAGUGCGGGCCGACCGCGAAGAAGGCGAAGUCGACCGCGUUCCCCCUGCUGCGCGAUGACAAGCCCAGGGUGCUGAAGAAGUUCGACCAGAAGACACGCGCCGAGCAGGCGGCAGCCCGCGCCAGGGCAACAGCUGGGGGUGACCACAGAGCCAAGCAGGACGCAGAAACCAACCGGAGAACCAGGAACUCAGCAGCAAGGCGCGCUGCCGCGCAUGCCAAGAGCCCGCUGCAGAUGGAGAAGGCGUUCGAAAACUUGAGCCAGCUCAUAAACUUGGAGGAGAAAACACAGCGCACGCAGAAGGCCGCAGAGCACUGA